CCUUUCUUGCCCAGCGCGAAAAUACCCAAAUCCACAAACUAUAUAUUAUCCUCAAAUUUUGAAAACUCAAAGAAGCAUCCAACCUCGGCCUGGUUGAAUACAGAAGCAAUGGAAGAAGAGGAAGGAGGGAAGGUUAGGGUUUUGAUAGAGAACGCCACGACCUCCAUCGAACCGGAGGUCGACCCACGCCUCCUCAAGGCCAUCAAGUCGGUGGUCCGUUACUCCGAUUCGGAGCUCCGUCUCGCCGCCCGUAUUCUCAUGGAUCUUAUGAAGCGCGAGCACUCUCAGGUGCGGUACCUCACACUACUUAUAAUUGAUGAGCUUUUUAUGAGGUCAAAGCUCUUUAGAGCUCUUGUUGUGGAGAAUUUGGAUCAAUUGCUGACUUUAAGUGUCGGGUUUCGUAUACGUUCAUCGCUCCCACCUCCGGAAAAUGUUGCAAUUGUUCUGCGUAAGAAAGCGAUUGAGUUUCUGGAGAAGUGGAAUUCUUCAUUUGGGGUUCACUAUAAGCAGAUUAGAUUAGGGUUUGAUUACCUUAAGAACACCCUUAAGUAUCAGUUCCCAAAUCUACAGGAAACUGCGACUCGGCUUGAGCAGCAGAGAAGGGAAAGGGAGAGGAAGACGAAAAAGAUCUUAUUGAACAAGUUUAAGAAUUUGGGAAAUAAUUUUGCAUCAAUUAAGGAAGAAAUACAGUCAACUAUUGAUGAGAUUGGGGAAUGUUUAGAAAUUGUACGCCCCAAAGAGGAAGGUGUGCCGUUGUGUCCUUUAGAUGACGAAGAUAUGGAGGAAUUUCAUUCUUAUGAGUUUCAGCAAUUGCACUUACAUGCAUUGGAAGAAGGAGAAAAAGUUCAUGAGAAUAGUGAGAACAAAGUGGUUUUUGAUGCCCUGCGGGAGCUUUACAAGAUAUUGGUAAAGCAUUUGGCUGCAGUGCAAGAAGGGGUCCUUGUUCUUGUAAAAGUUGAACUGACUGAUAACAGGUCCAGAGAUUCGUAUUUGAAGGAGUUCAUUGAUAUCCGGAAUAAUAUUCAAUCAGUGAAGAAGAAGUGUGAAGAAGCGGGAUGCACUCUUUCAAACACGGUAAAUCAUGAGGAAGAAGAUUUUUGGGAAGAAGGCAAGAUUGAAACAACUGAGGGUGGGAGUUCUAGUCUUCCCAGUAACAAACCCAGAGGUCUUGCUGUGGCAUCAACACCCAAGGAGGUGCAAGGUAGACUUCCCAAACGCUAUGAUAAUCCUAAACGCCAGGAUAAUGAGAGCGAUGGCAGUAAAAGGCUCAGUUGUGAAGGUGGGGGAAACAAUUCAGACCCUCUGAGGAGUAAGCUUCUGGCUGAAGCUCCAGAGGUGAACUGGAGCACUCAUUUGGCCAGUUGGGGUUCAAAGAGGGAUGUUUUGGCUAACCAUCGGGGGUUGGAGGUUGAAAGUCAUUGGGGCAGGGUGGAUCAGGAUGCAGUUAUUCCAGCAGAAAAGAUUGCGGAGUUAAAUCUUCAGGCUACUGUAUACAAAGAAAAGCAGGUUGAAAUUCAGCCAUGCCGAGCACCAUUAAGCAAUGGAAAAUUUUGUCCGGAAAGAGACUUGAGAAUUUGCCCAUUUCAUGGACCUAUUAUACCCAGAGAUGAUGAGGGAAAGCCACUGAAUCAGAACCCUCCAAAAGACGAGAAUUAUUUAGGGACCAAUUUGGUAGAGCAGUUAGCGAAACAAGCCGUGCAGAAUGUUCGUGAGAAAGAUAAAGAGUUUUCAAGGAAGAGAGAAAUAGAUAAAAAGGCACUUAAAGAGGCCAAGCUUGCCAAAAUACGAGAACACAAUGAAGCGAGUUUACAAGAUUCUGCAGUCGCUUCAACUUCUAAAUCUGCAUUUAUUGGAGAAGAUUGGGAGCCAAGUACUAGUAGGAACCCAUCAUUCAGAAACAAAAAGAAAACCCUUGCCUUCUUGCUGCAGAAGAAAGAAACACCAAAAGAUAGACUAGCUCGGAGGAUUUUGAAUACACGAGCAAGCGCUGCCACUGGAAGACAACUUACAUUGGGCGAGGAUGCAAAUUACCGAGAAGCCUUCCCGAAUCAGUGGUAAUUGGACACUUUCUUUCUCUGCUUCUUGGCUAAUUGAGAGGGUUGUCACUGAUUGGUUUACUUGCUUUUUUGUAAAAUUGUUAAUAUACAUUUUCUUGACUUAUAGCAAUUAGGGACUUCCAAGCUGUCUUUCGGCCGGUUUUGUAACAUAUGUUAAUUUUCGGAUUUAAAUUCUUUCGAAUGUAUGCAUAAAAGGGAGGUCAAUAUAUAAGAAGUUUGAUUUUA